AAUAAAUUAUGUACUUGUGUAUUUCUACGUAUAAAGUUGUUAUGUACUAGUUAAAUUUAGGGUAUAAAACAAAAUUACUUGAAUACGCAGGGAUUUACAGGAUGUAUAAAAGUUAUAUGUUACAACCGCUACAUUGUGAUUCUGAACCUCUGGAUCGGUGAAAAUCCGUUAAAACAAUUUCCCGCAAAAUUGUGCUUCACUGAAUUUUUUUUUUAGGGCAUUCCAGGUCAAAUUUUUUUUCCAUUGCGUCGUGGUUUACUCAUCGAGGGAAUAGAAAGCGUCAAAGGAAACACAGGUCCGACGUAAACCACGUUAAGGUUUCAUUUAAUCACUGCAGAGAUUUCAGCGUUUUUUGAUACGGGAUGUUAUUACUCGAAAACUGCUUUCAUCCGUGACCAGCACAUUCUUCAGGGAGUCCAGUCGACAUAAUUUAUUUAUUAUCCAUCGGCAAGAAUUACACUGUCACAUGACUCAUUCCUAUUUGACGUGCGAUACCAAGUACAUUCAUUAACGUAUAAUCACGAACAAGAGCGAUAAGUAGUAUGCCGACAAGGCGGAGGAACUAUGGGACAGCGAGGUAAAAAGGGUCUAAAGUACGAUUAACUGCUGUGUUAAUCGGUCCAGACGAAAAUCGCCCACUCAACUUUUAUUUAGUUAUCAGCUGCGUACCAUGGUAGAUUCAAGGUACUUUGGACCCAGUGGAAUUGCAGGUUUUUUGGAACGAGGCAAAGGAAGCCAUCAAGGUCGAACAGCAGUAUCAGAAGAAGAGGGUCAACAUGCCUCCGAAAUAAGACGUGGAUGACAUCAUGGUUGUAGUCAGCCCGAUGGCAACACGUGAAGCCAGCACGAUAGCAACGCAUAAAGGUAGGAAGCUGACUGCAGUAGCAAAGGACCCUUUCAAGGUGAUUGCUGUGCUAUCGACUGGUACGAGGACUUGAGGAAUUCGAAGAAGUCGUUGAAUCUACGCAUCGUGGUGGCUGUAUAGAAUCACUAUAGCGCACGUCGAGGAUGACGAUCAUCGAUGCCGUCCUUCUUCUGGCUGAAGGAAGCUCUUCAGCCGAUUGCAAGAAAGACAUCGUUAAGAUUUAAGGCCAGAUUGGGAUGUUUAGACGCCAGGCUUGGGUGUCAGGAUUGGAAUUCGAGUGAGGAGGAGGAAUGGCGAAAAAUAUGGGGCUGCCCAGUGCAAAUAUGGGGCUACCCGGCGCAAAUAUGGGGUUGGUCGCAGGAAAUAUUCAACCCACGGCUCCUCCACCUUCGGAACUACCUCCAUCCUACGAGGAAGCUGUUACAUCUACGUCUACACCAGCACCGACUCAUAGUCAGUCACCGGCCCAGACGUCGUCGGUGCCAUAUCCAACGAAUUAUUCAGGGCCCGUUGAACCUCCGCCGCUGACGCAGACACAGUAUAAUGCAAAUGCAAACACAGUGCCUCCGCAGGAAUUUCCAGUCGUCUAUCGGCCAGUGAUUUAUUCCCUGAGCUCUAGUUCAAUAAAAACGGUCUGUCCGACGUGUCGUGCCAACAUCAAAACUACCACGAUAUCCGAUCGUCAGCCAGGCGCUCAUCUCUGCUGUAUCAUCCUCUGUUUAUUCGGAUGUUGCUGUUGCUCGUGUCUGCCGUAUUGUAUGGGCACUUUCAUGAGUGUCCAUCACUUUUGUCCGAAAUGUAAAAGGUAUAUCGGUACGUGGAAAGGCUAAGCCAGGACAGAGUCACGUACACUUGUAUAUUGUUACGCGGUCCUUUAUGUAAUCAGAUACAGUGUAAUGGGAAGUAGUCAACGUUUCCCUGCUUAUCGCGUAUUAUGUCAAGAGAAGGAGCUAUCUGACAAGAUUGUCAUAGGUCGUAUUACAAAAUACUAUAUAUGUGACGCUUAUUCCUUGCGAGAUGAGGCACGAAUGCAACCUGUAAUGUGUGAUAGUUUCGACGAUGUAGAUUCCACGUUGAUUUAUAAGUGAGAUGACGCGACCGAGUGUGUACAUGUGAAAUUUAUAGAUAGUGUGCGAUUAAUAUUACAAAGAUAUUUUGGCGUGUUAAACCUGUGACUAGAAAGAGAAAAUGAAAUUCGUCUGGAACGCAAAAGAAAUGAGAAACAGUGUUUCCGCUCCUUUGCUUCUUUUCUACCCGGUUAAAAGUAUCUAGACUAAAAAUCGUUCUUCUGUUUCUUCCGAUAUGCUUCGUUAGUUUAUAAGAAAGAAAAAGGCGAGUCGAGAAUGAGGUAGAACGAAGGUUAUUCGCGUAUUUUUUAUUUUUAUAUUUUACUGGUGCUUUCGGGACUUCGAGCGAAACGUAUUCCUGCAUAUUAUAUGUAUUAUAUAUAUAUAUUGACAUGUAAACUAACGUAUAAAAAGUGAUAUUUGCGUGCAGAUUACAAAAGGAUUUGCAUAUUAAACGAGAAGCAUCCGAAUUAAAUUAGCAAAGAGAGAAAUUCGGUUUACUUAUUUCUGUUUGCCAUGAUUGAAUAGUAUACUCCGUUUAAGUAGCUUAUUUCGGAUAUUAAUUCAUUAGUAACUUCCAGAGUAAGACUAUAGCGUAAGAGGGAAGUUCCGAAUAAAAAGAAUCAUUUUUCUUUUAUACCUUCGAACUUUCGUUGAUAUUCCAGAAAGACAAUAUCUAGUACCCGCAACGCUGUAUUGUUCUGUAAUAUAUAUAUAAUACAACUCGACCCGACAUGUCCGUACAUUCCGAUUGCCAAAGCAAGGAGAACGGGAAAGCCCGUGAAACUCACGAACGUGGGACUCUGUGUCACCUCGCCUGCAUUUUUCCCGCAACGAGGCAAUCGAUGAUGCGAUUAAUAUCGACAUACAAGGCAUGUUAACGCUUCGACAAGAAUAUUCCAAGUGAAUGCAAGACACGUGCCGUUUAAUGUUUGUCAUAUUUAGAGUUAUCACUCCAUUUCUAUGAUUCUAUUCGUAUACACCGUACUCCUUUUCUUUCACGUACUAUAUCCAUGUCUCGUUAGACGAUUACGAUCGUAUUCGUAACGUUCAAGUCGUAUUGCAAAUAACGUCGACGUUAAUUUAUUUUACGCGUGAUUUACACGACCAAUUUCCCAACGUUUUAAUAUAUACAUGUAUUUUAAUGUACGAUAUUUUUCUUGUACGUGUUUGACAUAAAUAAAUUAUACUUUGGUUUUGAAGUGUACAUAAGUGAGUAUUCAUGCGAGCGAA